GUUUGGUUCAUAACGACGAAACGCGUCUACCGUGCGCCAGCGCAGGCGUCUACGGAUAACAUUAAAUAAUAUAUAUAGCUUUUUAAUGUGAUUAAAUUGUGACACAAUUUAUAAUUGUAUUUCUUAUCUAGAUUUCUCAGUGAAGUGUUGUUGUUCUUAUGGAUUAGAUUUUUUUGUAUGACAAACGAAUGAAGGAAAAUGACAAGAAAAUUCUUAUUUUGUUUUCCUCUGAGGUUGGGAAAUCUCGUAUUCGGCUACAUAGUAAUAAUUAUCAGUCUGAUUGUAGCAGGAUUAAGCCUAGAACAAUUAGUCCUUUCAAUAUUCGAAAGAAUGAUCGAACGUGACGAAGAAAGAUUCGGCAAUUUCCAAAAACUAGAAACUAUAUUCGGCGAACAAAAGAAAGAAUUAGUGAAAACUAUAAUACUAAUAUAUUACCUGUGUUAUGUUUUCGUCGGACUUUUGAUGUUCAUUUUUGGUGUCGUAUUUACAAGUGGUGUCCAUAAGGUUAGUUACCGAGCGAUUUCGACAUUUUUUUGCUACAGCUUCGUCCACAUAUUCCUAACUAUAGCUUUAAUAGUUUGGGAAGGGCUCACUGCGGGCUGGAUUCAACUUGGUCUCAUUGUGUUGUCGGAUGUGCUCCUGAUAGUUUGCUUGUUCAGUGUCAAAUAUCUAAUGGAAGCUAUCCGAACUGGAAACAUUUACUGUAUGCCCGGAGAGGUGCUUUAUCAAUACUGAUUGAUUGCUACAGUAAUUUUACUUGAAAGUGUUGAUCGCUCUAAAAUUAUGUAGCAAUAUUGUACCUUCUCGUACUAUCCCUAUGCUAUAAUGACCUUAAGACUAAAAAUUUACUAUACAUAAGUUAUUAUUACGUUUAAGAUAAAAACUAAGAUAAUCUUAUAAUAUAUUACAUAAGAAGUUUUAAUUUAUUUAUUGUUUAACGAAUUUUUUUGUUAAUUCAACAAAAAAAAAGUAUUUAUAUAAAAUUUAUAUCAAUUGAAAAUGAUUAAAACCAUUCAACUUAUAUUUUCAUUCUAAUAAACUGUUCGUCUAAUAACAAUUUAUAUUUUUCGUAAUAAUCAGUUCUAAAAUAUUUUUCUUAAAUAAGAUUUUAAUACACAAGUAACAAACAUCCUUAGUUCAACUCGACUACAGACAGAAAAUAUAUACAGACUUUUUUAAUUUAAAGUAUUAAUUUAAACCAACUCGGAGUAAACAUAACAAGCAGAAAUUAGUUGAAUAAUAUUAAUAUUUAUAAAAACUAUACAAUUUUCUCAUAUUAUUAUUGGAAAAAAUCAAAUAACUUUUUUUUCAAUGGGAUGAAAUUCUUAUGUUUUGUUCUCACAUCAAGUUUCGUGAAUUUGUAAUUAAAUGAGUCAAUUAUUUAUUCAAUGAAUAUAUGAAUGACAACGAAUAAA